GAAUCCGAAGCCGAAAAAUUUCCUCUCGAGACGAGAGGAGAGGAGGAGAGAAACCCUCGCCACGCCUCCGGCGAACCCGACGCGAUGGUGGAGACUCGCCGGAGCUCCGCCGCCAAGCGACCGGCCUCCACGUCCACGUCCCCGUCACCUUCCCCCUCCGCAUCCGCCCCUCCCCCGAAGCGCCCCAAGGCGGAACCUCCGGCGUCGCCCACGUCGUCUGCGCCCGGGAGGGCCGAAGAGGACUCGGUGACGGCCGCGGCCACGGGGAGCGCCGGCUUGGCGGACGACGCCUUGACACCCGCGAAUAAAGAUCAAGGAGCGGAUAAGCGGGCGGCCACUGCUGCGGAGAGCUCGCGCAGGAGGAAGGAGACGGUGCCGCAGCAGCACGUGGCGCCAUGGGCAAAACUGCUCUCGCAGUGCUCACAGAGUCCUCACCUUUCUAUUACUGUCCCUCAAUUUUGUGUCGGCCAAGGCAAAAGAUGUAAUUUAUUGUUGAAAGACCAAUCUGUCAGCAAAGUACUUUGCAAGUUGAUGCACACUGAGCAAGGAGGUCCGUGCGAGUUAGAAGUUACAGGCGACAAGGGCGUUGUCCUAUUAAACGGAAGGGCUGUAAGUCCAGGCGUGAAACUUCCCCUUGCAGGAGGGGAUGAACUUGUAUUCAGUUCAUGCGGCAAACAUGCUUACAUUUUUCAGCAUCCUUUGAAUGAUAAAGUUUCUAAAGUGGUGCCAUCAUCUGCUAUCAGCCUUUUAGAACCUCCAUCUGCUGGUGUAAAGCAUAUCCAUAUGGAGAACCGAACAGAAGUUACUUCAGCUGUUGCAGGGACAGAGAUAUUAGCAUCUGUGUCUAAUCAAUCGAAGGACCUACCAGGAGUGCCGCCUGCAUCAGCUGGGGAGGACAAUCAGAGACUAGUGCAACCUAUUGCAUCAUCUGCUUCUGAUAAAUCAAAAGGGCGCUGCAUCAGCCCUGAUAAGGAAUGCGAGAAUGGUGAAAAUACUAAUGAGGCUAAUUCUAACAUUGAAGAUUCUCCAAUGGACGUUUCUGCAACUCCCAUUUCUCCUGAUGCUGUUGUGAACGACAGCAGUCGACAAACUGGCUUUGGCUCUGAUGCUCAUCUUGAUGAAAUCGGUAAGAUUGCAACUUAUAAGAUAAGGCCAGUUCUGAGGAUGAUUGCAGGGUCAACUGUAUCCGAGUUCGAUUUGACUGGUGAUCUUUUUAAAGCUCUUGAAGAUCAGAGGGAUCUCAUCACGGAUCUUAACACUUCAGCCAGUUUACCACCGAGCAGAUGUCAAGCCUUUAAGGACGGGAUGAAGCAAGGAAUUAUUAGUCCAAGUGAUAUUGAAGUUACAUUUGAGAAUUUUCCUUACUACCUCAGCGAGAAUACAAAGAAUGUGCUCUUGUCAUGUUCAUUCCUACACUUGGAAAAGAAGGAGUUUAUUAAACAGUUUUCCGAGAUUUCAUCAAUAAACCAGCGAAUUUUAUUAUCUGGUCCAGCAGGUUCUGAGAUUUAUCAGGAAACAUUGAUAAAGGCACUUGCCAAACAUUUCGGUGCUAGACUACUUGUUGUCGAUUCACUCCUGUUGCCUGGGGUGCCUUCAAAGGACCCAGAAACCCAGAAAGAUGUUGUCAAGACUGAUAAAUCAGGGGACAGGGCGUUCGUAGAGAAAUUGACAAUUCUUCAUAAGCACCGUCCUUCCUUGGCAGACACCAUGCACUUUAGGAGACCAGUUGCACCAGCUUCCAGUGUGAACGCUGAUAUUGUGGGCACAUCCACUCUACAUUCUGCAACUUUGCCCAAACAAGAAUCCUCAACAGCUACGUCGAAGGGCUAUACUUUUAGAGAAGGGGAGAGGGUGAGGUACGUGGGUCCAGCUCAGCCACCUGCAGCAAUUCCUAGGGGCCCCAGCUAUGGUUAUCGAGGCAGAGUGAUGCUUGCUUUUGAAGAAAAUGGAUCAUCUAAGAUUGGAGUCCGAUUUGAUAAGCAGAUCCCUGAUGGUAAUGAUCUUGGUGGUUUGUGCGAGGAAGAUCAUGGCUUCUUCUGCUCUGCUGAAUUACUUCGCCCAGACUGUUCUGGUGGCGAAGAAGUUGAGAGGCUAGCUAUGACCGAAUUAAUUGAGGUCAUCUCAGAAGAAAGCAAAAACAGCUCUCUGAUAGUGUUACUAAAGGAUAUCGAGAAAUCAUUUACUGGAAUUACAGAAUCAUUUUCAUCUUUAAGGAGCAAACUUGAAUUGCUUCCACCUGGCGUUCUUAUCAUAGGAUCACACACCCAGAUGGACAGCCGUAAAGAGAAGGCACAUCCUGGAGGAUUUCUUUUUACAAAGUUCGCUAGUAGCAGCCAGACGCUAUUUGACCUUUUCCCGGAUAGCUUUGGUAGCCGGUUGCACGAAAGGAACAAAGAAAGCCCGAAAGCAAUGAAACAUCUAAAUAAACUUUUUCCUAACAAAAUUUCCAUCCAGCUUCCACAGGAUGAAGCACUGCUAACCAGUUGGAAGCAACAAUUGGAUCUUGACGUUGAAACCCUUAAAGCAAAAUCCAACAUCAGUAGCAUUCGUACGUUUCUGAGUCGCAGUGCAAUCGAAUGCAAUGACCUUGAAGAAUUAUUCAUCAAAGAUCAGUCGCUUACUAAUGAAAGUGUUGACAAGAUUGUCGGCUAUGCUGUCAGUUAUCAUCUUAAGAACAAUGAAGUCGAAACCUCCAAGGAUGGUAAACUUGUUCUCACGAGCGAAAGCCUUAAGCAUGGGCUCGACAUGCUGCAGAGCAUGCAUAGUGAUAAUAAGAGCUCAAAAAAAUCGUUGAAGGAUGUUGCCACAGAGAAUGAGUUUGAGAAAAGGCUUUUGGCAGAUGUUAUACCACCGAAUGAUAUUGGAGUCACCUUUGAUGAUAUUGGAGCCUUGGAAAAUGUGAAGGAAACAUUGAAGGAAUUGGUGAUGCUCCCACUCCAGAGGCCUGAAUUGUUCUGCAAAGGGCAGUUAACAAAGCCUUGCAAGGGAAUAUUGCUUUUUGGGCCUCCUGGCACUGGGAAAACAAUGCUUGCUAAAGCGGUAGCAACCGAAGCAGGUGCUAACUUCAUCAACAUAUCAAUGUCAAGCAUUACAUCGAAGUGGUUUGGCGAAGGAGAGAAAUAUGUAAAGGCUGUAUUUUCGUUAGCGAGUAAAAUAUCUCCCAGUGUUAUUUUUAUCGAUGAGGUUGACAGUAUGUUAGGAAGGAGAGAAAAUCCAGGGGAACAUGAAGCCAUGCGCAAGAUGAAAAAUGAAUUUAUGGUAAAUUGGGAUGGGUUGCGCACUAAAGAUAAGGAGCGCGUACUGGUUCUUGGUGCCACAAAUAGACCUUUUGACCUGGAUGAGGCUGUCAUUAGGAGGUUCCCCCGCAGGCUAAUGGUAAACUUGCCUGACGCAUCAAAUAGAGAGAAAAUUUUGAAAGUAAUUUUAGCAAAAGAAGAGUUGGGACAAGAUACUGAUCUGGAUUCACUUGCCAAUAUGACUGAUGGAUAUUCAGGAAGUGACCUGAAGAAUCUAUGUGUAACUGCGGCGCACUUCCCCAUUCGAGAAAUCCUAGAGAAGGAAAAGAAGGAGAAGAAUGUAGCAAAAGCAGAAGGCAGGCCUGAGCCUGCAUUGCACGGAAGCGAGGACGUCCGUCCUCUUAGUUUAGAUGACUUCAAAUCUGCCCAUGAGCAGGUUUGUGCGAGUGUGUCAUCUGAUUCGGCAAACAUGAAUGAGCUCGUUCAAUGGAACGAGCUCUAUGGCGAAGGCGGUUCGAGGAAGAAGAAAGCACUGAGCUACUUCAUGUGAGAGCAAGAAUAAAAUCGAAACUAGAACCCCUGCCACAUUGUACAGUUGCUAUACUACCCCUCGGCAAUAGCAUCCUGGCGACAACUUGUCCGGCCAAAACCAGUUGGGUUUUUCCUCCUCUCCCUUCAGGAGCAGCGGCCGGCCUACAACCCCCCUCCCAUGUAAUUAGAAUUGUGCACCGAGUCUGGGUUACUUAUCAGCUUCUGUUUGUGCUCCCAAGUUAAGAUUAACUUGAAAUCACCAUUGUGCCCCAACAUCUCUUCAUGACCUGUUUGCAGCCAUUUGGUGGGCGGCUUGGCUCCAGGCCUGUGUACCUAUGUACAUGCUAUAUGAAGGGACAUGGAAUAAGAAUAUUUUCCUGUUUUCUAUAGUA